UACAAAGGAUUCUUCAGUAUCGUCCUGCUAGCUUUGGUCGAUGCUAAUGAUUGCUUCUCCUACGUGUCUGUUGGAUGUCAAGGGCGAUUGUCGGACGGUGGAGUGUUUGCAAACAGUGCGUUGAACGAGUUCUUGGAAAGCAAUACAAUCAAUCUACCUAACGCCACCCCUUUACCGGGAAGAACCCUACCCGUCCCAUAUGUUAUCGUCGCGGAUGACGCAUUUCCAUUAAAACCAACCAUUAUGAAAACAUAUCCUGGGCUGCAUGAGAAAGGUAGUGAAAAACGGGUGUUUAACUAUCGACAUUGUCGGUGUAGAAGAGUGGUGGAAAAUGCGUUCGGAAUUAUAUCAGUCGUGUUCAGGGUACUAAGAAAACCUUUGUUGCUCGAACCUGAUCGUGCACAAAAGGUUGUGUUGGCUUGUAUCCAUCUACACAACUUCCUGAGACGAAGCAAGUCGUCAAACGGAACAUACACCCCUUCAGGCACGUUUGAUCAGGAGGACCCUUCAACAGGACAACUAAUUCCUGGACAGUGGCGAGUUGUUGGAUUGCCAUCAGAAAAUCUUCUUAGAUUAAAGAAAAUACCGAAAAAAUCAUCUGACAUCGCAAAACUAGUAAGGAAUGAAUUUUGUGCGUAUCUUAACAGCCCUGAGGGUUCAGUUCCUUGGCAAAAGAAGUACUAAAAGGCCAUGGGGCAUAUGUCACUCACUACCAUAAGUGAAAAUCAACACGUUAAUUAUAAUAC